CUGGACUCACGCCAUCCCUUCGUUUCCAUCUCAUCUCUCUAUCUAACUCCAGCAGCCAGCCGCUAGUAGCUCGUCCAAAGCAAGCAGGCACACACACACACACACACACACGCUCCAGCCUCUCCUCGGCACCCACAACGACAUACAAUGGCCACCGUCCUGAGCAGCCUCCGCGCGCCGGCGGCCUUCUCCGUCCUCCGCGUUGCGCCGGCGCCGGCGCCCCCCGCCACCGUCGCGCUGCCGGCGACCGUGGCCCGCGGCGCCAGGCUGCGGGCGCAGGCCACCUACACCGUGAAGCUGGUCACGCCUGAGGGGGAGGUGGAGCUGAAGGUGCCCGACGACGUGUACAUCCUGGACCAGGCCGAGGAGGAAGGCAUCGAGCUGCCCUACUCCUGCCGCGCGGGCUCCUGCUCCUCCUGCGCCGGCAAGGUCGUCGCCGGCACCGUCGACCAGUCCGACCAGAGCUUCCUCGACGACGACCAGAUCGCCAGCGGCUGGGUGCUCACCUGCGCCGCCUACCCCACCUCCGACGUCGUCAUCGCCACGCACUUGGAGGACGAGCUCACCGCCGGCUCCUAAUCAUGCAUGCUUAUCUCUGUUCGUUAUUAGCUUCUUAUUCUUUACGCUCGUUACCUACUGCUUGUUGCUUUGCAAUUGCAAUUAUCUUAUUCAUCAUGUAAGCGUUGAGUUUUCAUCCGUGGAUCGAGAGACUCCCUACCAACCUUAUCUCUUCUUCGUCA